AUGCGGCCCCCGGGGUCCUGCCAAGGAGAGGGGCCGGGGGCGCCAUGGAGAGGAGGUGGUGGGUCCCGCUGCCAAGUGGAGCUGCCCUCCCCCCCACUCUCCUGCCCACUGAGGAGAGGGAAGGGUGAGGGCUGCAGCCAGCCAUUCCAGAAGGGCAGCCUGGCGGCCUCGCUGGGAGGUCCCCAGUGUUCCCAGGACAAGAAGGUGGAUCCACAGCCCCUUGUCUCUGAGGCCGAAGACCCCUCCCAACUCCCACGUUGUGCUUGCCGUUUCUGGAACAAACUGAAGCUGGAACUUUGUGGUCCCUGCUGA